UAGAGUGUUGGCCUAUUAAGCACAACACCAUAUCCCCAAAACUCUUAAAAAAUAAGCAGAGCAGUUGAAGAAAUAAUACAAUGCAGCAUGAAAACAACUAGUGUGCUCCAUUCUCAGAUGGGGAUUAGAAGGGCAGAGGUGAACAACACCUGGAUUUGCAGGGAUGGGUUGUGGGUGUGGGGUGUCACAUCUGAUGUGGGUAUAAGAAGCGGUCACUCCUCCUCAGCUGUCAGCACCGAGCAGUGGAUGUGUGUGUGUGUGUGUCUCUGUGUGGGUCAUGGCUCUGUUCACGGACUCAGACUUCUCUUUACUCAAGCAGAACCAGCAGAGAGACAUGGUGGAUUUUAAGGCGUUAUUUGGAGAACCGGACCACUGUAAAGAUGCCCGGAGUGAGUGCGCGCUGUCCUCUCCGGAGCCGGACAGAGCCGCCGCCGCCGCCACCGGUUUGAUGGAGGGCCAGAGGAAGAGGAAGAGGACCAUCUUCAGCCGAGCCCAGCUGUCCGAGUUGGAGCAGGCCUUCGCUGUGACUCCCUACCCGGACAUCGCCCUGAGAGAGAGACUGGCCGCGCACACACACCUGCCCGAGAGCAAGAUCCAGGUGUGGUUUCAAAACAGAAGAGCCAGAAGUAUCAAGAUUGUGAGACAGCCCAAGUCCACCAAGCCUGGCCUGGGAGGUAGAGAGGUUGUAGAUCCCCCCCCUGGGCCUGUGAGCUCCGCUUUCCUUACCUCAACCACCCUGACGGACAUAUUCAGGCAAGAGCCGAACCACUCCUGUGAGGAUGUCCCACAGAUUUAUUCAGACUGGUUCCACAUCUACAGCAACCCAGUGUCAUCGCCGCCGCCAUCUUCCUUCCACCAGCAGCCCACUCUGGGUCCCUCAAAACCGCCAGAGUGUCGUCUCUGGGAUGAGGAGCCACACCAGCGGCAGCAUCUGGGACCAGCACUCCCCGGUUUCCUUCCUGGUUCGUUUCCUCAGCCUAUCAGCAGGCAGCCUCACCACUCGGCCUCCGCCCGCUCCUACCAGGCUUUCAAGAACUUCAAACCCCAGACUAUGGCUCCAUCUGGGACUCAUCAGGCCGUGUACGGAGGCAGCGCGGCAGGUGGAGGUCACGCCUCUGUAGACCAGGUAGUCCCCUCCCACCCUCAGCCGGUGUACUGGGAGGUAACUCAGGGCCAAGGUCCCCACCACUCACACCCCCAUCACCACCCACAGAUGGGACCACAGACCUCCAUGGGCUACAUCUCAGACCUGAUCUACAACGCUGCUAUCGUCACCAACUUCCUGGAAUUCUGAUUAGUCUGGAUCUGGCGCAUGAACAGGGAAAUAUUAAUACUGGAUAUACCUACUAUAAAUAUUUCUGUCUCCUUUGUAUUUCCUGUUACAACACCUCCUGUGUCUACAUCUGUCAUGUAUGUUACCAGAGCCGAAUGUUCCUCAAACCUCUAUAUAGGCUACUACAGAGUUAUUAUCAAGUUGUAGGUUGUUUUGUUUUUUUAGUAUACUCCAGUCAUGUUUAAUAUGUUUGGGAUUUAUUUGAUUUAUAUAAUCCCACUUCAAUUUACAAUAUUUUACAGUUGCUUUGGAUCUGUUAUCAAAGCAGAGUUUCAAUGUACAAUGCAAAACUUUAAAUGUAAAUAGCCAAACUGGCUGGAAAAGUGAAAAUAAAUGUUUUGAAUACUAUCACAUUUUGUCUGCUGAUAGUGUAAAUUGUUAUAGCCAUGAAUUCCAGCAUUACUUUAGCUUUAGAUUAGAUUUAUGCGUGUGUAAUAUUUAAGGGUUGGUGUCUUGAACAGAAACAAAAGUGGUCGAUAGUAACAGUACAAUCGUGAUAAUUUUGUCUUUUAUGAAUAUAAGAUCUACUAUAGUAAGAUAAAAAAAGAUAAAAUGUAGACUGCAUUAUCUACGGUAAUGCCACAUAUGACAUGAGUCAUUCUUACUUUUAUAUUAUUUCAAAUACUGACUUCUGCUAAAUUUGCACAUGUAUUUGCUUAUUAAUUGCUAGUUGUAUAAUGCUGAGCAAAUGCCCACUGCAGAUGGUGUUUUGAUGAGAAUUGGUUUCUGUUUGACAGCACUAUUUUAUUUUAAAAUGCAACAAUGAUAACAAUUCUACGAUGGACAUUUACACACAGUGUUGUUAUUCCCUGAUAAAUGCACUGGUGGGAACUUUGAUUUGUGUGCAACGUGAGAUUCUGAGUACAGCAUUUUGUGUUCAGAGUCUUGUGAAUUGAAACUCUUGUUGUGAAAACUGAGCCAAAGCAACUGUAAAAUAUGUCAAGAGUCGUGCAUAUAUAGACUUGUUCAAGUGUGUUUCUAGUCUGGUUUUGAUUUUCUCUCAAUAAAAAAAGGACUAAUGGAA